UGGCAAUACAAAACAUAAAUUGACACCGAACGGUGAGGUAGGCUCUUUUUCUGUUUUCAGUCCUUAUUUAUCGUGAAUAUUACGCGAAUUUAUUGAUAAUUUGCUGCUGAUUACGCUACUUUAAUGCCUAAAUUUUACUGAGGCAGCGUAUAGCAGAGGGCUGUAUUGGCGCACUGUGAACAACAGCGAUGGUAAUGGAGGCGUCCCCGUCCCCGCAGAGCGUCGGUCGCGAGUUUGUGCGCCAGUACUACACGCUCCUGAACAAGGCGCCCGCCCACCUGCACAGAUUCUACAACAACUACUCGUCGUUCGUGCAUGGCGGGCUCGACGCGCCUAACCGUGAGACCCUGCCCGUCGUCGGUCAGAAGCAGAUCCACAACCGCAUACAGCAGCUCAACUUCCGCGACUGCCAUGCCAAGAUCAGCCAGGUGGACGCGCAAGCGACGCUGGGCAACGGAGUAGUCGUGCAGGUGACAGGCGAGCUGUCCAACGGCGGCGCGCCCAUGCGGCGGUUCACGCAGACCUUCGUGCUGGCCGCGCAGUCGCCCAAGAAGUACUACGUGCAUAACGACAUCUUCCGCUACCAGGACAUCGUGUUCUCGGACGAGGAGGGCUCGGGCUCGGGGCGCUCGGAGGGCGAGGAGGAGGAGGCUGGCGGCGCGGGCGCGGCGGGCGCGUACUUCCCGCCGCCGCCGCCCGCGUCCGCCUUCCCGCCCGCCAGCUUCCCCGCGCCGCCCGCGCCGCCGCAGGCCGCGCCGCUGGCCCCGCUGGCGCCGCUGGCCCCGCUGGCGCCGCACGUCAACGGCCACCCGCAGCCGCACGACCACCUCGUGGCCGCGCUGCAGGGUCAGUGUCUGCCCGCUACACAUUACCUAAUCCCCAGCACAAAGAGGGGUGUUAUAUGUGCGAGGGUUCUUCAUGUUUGCGCGGCGCUGGCGGGCGAGGAGGCGGAGAGCGCGUCGCCGCCGCCGCCGGGCGAGCCCGAGCCCGCGCCCGCGCCCGAGCGCGAGCCCGAGCUCGAGCACGAGCCCGAGCCCGAGCACGAGCCGCCGCAGCACCCGCCGCAUCCGCCAGAUCACGCGCUGCACGCGCCGCACGCGCCGCACGCCCCGCACGCGCCGCACGCGCAGCCGCCGCCAGCGGAGGGCGGGCGGCGCUACUCGGACGCGCAGCAGCUGUUCCUGGGCAACCUGCCGCACUGCGCCACGGAGGAGGAGCUGCGCGCGCUGUUCGGGCGCUUCGGGCCCGUGGCCGAGCUGCGCGUGCACAGCAAGCCCGCCGCGCCCGGCGCGCCGCGACACCCCAACUACGGGUUCAUCACCUACGAGACCUCGCAGGCCGCGCACGACUGCCUCAACGCUGCCCCGCUGUACUUCCCGGCCGACAACGCGGACGGCGUGAAGCUGAACGUGGAGGAGAAGAAGACGCGCGGGCGCGAGCCCCCGCGGCGGCGCCCGCUGUCGGGCCACCGCCAGGCCUUCGCGCCGCGGCCCGCCUACCGCCGCUAGCCGCCCGCCCGCCACAUUCAUUACUAUAUACAAUUUUGUCUUCACUUAUGUAAGAUAUGCUAAGCUUCUAUAAUGUGUUUCGUUUAAUUUCGAUAUUGAAAUGUGAAUUUAAGUUAAUUUGUGCGGUGUGUAGGUCUGGUACGGCACUCCCGCCGGUACCGACGUUCGCUCCCGGCCGAUGCAGUUCGUCGGUCGUUGUACUUGUCAAUAUGCAUAAUCGUAAUGUCGCUGGGUCCCGACCCCUAGUAGCGGGCCCCGGCUCCUAGUAGCGGGCCCCGGCCCGGCGCCACCCUGCCGCCCGGCGACGUCGUCACAUGUAGUCGGCUACUUUUGGCGACCGUUGUCGCAACUCAUCCGUAGGCCGCAAGUCAGCUCGGCCCGGACCGGGCCCUCGCCCUUCCCGUCAAAUUUAGAGUUAGGCGCAGUAGUGCUAGGUAUUUAUUGGUGGGCCGGGCCGUCGGCCGAAGCAACGAUCGAAUUUCGUUUAAAGUUAGUUAGUAGCCGCCGCGCCCGCACACCCCUCGAGCAGGCGCGACUCUGAAACGGUAAAUAGAAAACAUGAGUGUAAAUAGUUGUUAGGUUUAUGUUGGGCGGGGCCGGCCCGCUGCUCCGGCCCCGCCGCCUCGCCGUCUUGGGAAAAUAAUAAAUUCUAGACUAGCUCCCAAAUAUCUUUCCAGAAAUUAUAAAUAACGUAUUUUGUAUUUAAAACUAAAAUGUUAUGUGUCGAUUCGCAAAAAAACGAUAUUGAUGCAAAUGUUCUUAUGCAUUUACUUAGGUCUGUAUUGAAGUAAUUAUGUGUCGGAUGCCGGGAGCGCAGUAGCGGGCCCGGGCGCGCCCUCCGCCGCCGACAGUACCGCACUAAACAUGAAUUGGUACUGCUAUGAGUUUUGUGAUUGUCGACGAUCUCCACUACUGCGUGCCAGCAUCGCUAACGAAUUGAAACUGUAUUAUAUUCUAAUAUUAUUAAUAUUAGUUAAAAAAAAAGAAACUAAAAAAAAUGGCAGUCACUGUAUUUUUUAUUUAGUUUUUGAUCGUUUUUUUAACUGUACUACUAAUACGUCGUAAGUACAUUGUUUUUCUAUUGAGUUGUGAAGCACGCGGUUUCACCGCGGACUGUGCAAAAUUUCGUGUACUUAUUUAUUGUAAAUAAUGUUGGAGAGCUCGUGUGACUAGCGGAGCAGGCCCCGUCCGCCGCUUGCAGCGUGACCAGCCGCGCGGUCCCUCGCCACCACUCACCAAUACUCAGUAUGUUUACUCCUCUUGCAUUAACUGUGUAUAACGUUAAAUGCAGACGAACCGUUGUCUCUAUGCCCCUUAUUAUAUGUAUAUUACAGAGUGCUAGUCACUGCUGCAAUGCGGACGGACUGCGGACCUUGUUCAUGCUUUCCUAGGACACAGACUUGGCAUCCAAACUGAUAGCUACUAGAGUAGUAGGUCGCCUGAUCGACCCUUCGCUACCGACUCCACAAUCUAUCGCGGAGUUGUCGUGACGCAAGUCAAACUCACCGAUACGUGAUGAAAUCAUGAAACAUGGUACUCACGGUUCAAUUCAAAACCUCAUAAUCAUGAAACAAGAAACACGAUCUGAAUAUUGCAAUGGUAUACUUCCCUUAAUUAAUACCUUUAAACUAAAAUCAAUUACAAUAGACAGUUGAAACCUAAGUUCACGAUUUCACGCGUAUCUGUACAACGUAACUAUGUAACCGUAAAUACCGUAGCGACACACUGCGCAGGCGGGCGCGCGCGCGACCGGCUCGCCCAUAAUAUGCCGCGGUGUUAUCUAACUUGCGAAAAAGUCACUGUGACAGCGAUAUCGAGUUGCUUUUGCGAAGUAGAUAACACUGCCGACUGUGUGGCCAUCAUCGCAAUCUUAACGCUUCCUGCUGUUAAGUUCGCAGCAAAAACAAAUAGUGGGUAUCAUCGCUAAUUAUACUCCACUUGUUUAGUUACUCAAAAAAGGGUAAGCAAUCUUAAGAUUAAAAUGUGACUAAAAAACCAAUGUAAAAAGACAGUUAAAAUUACGAAAUCAAAUAUACUUCUGAAAUAUAUUUCAGUGGUAUGUGCUUACAUAACAGACACUCCAAGAUUGUUGUUUACUUAUUUUUCCGUACCUAAAGAAGUAGAGUUGGUGCGAGAGGUCGCGCCGCGCUUGCCUGGCAUUUAACCGAUGUCACUCAGAGUGGGCAGGCCCGCUCCUAUUUUCCAUUACUUUACUCGGUGAACGUUGACCUUACACCUGCGAAAAUGACAAUGACAAAUUAUUCGUUUACCAGCGUUUGCUAGUAAAGAUUAUAACACAUCUUGUAAACAAAAUUCAGACUCCACGCGGACACGAAACUAGUGUAUAGAACGACAAUCAUGUAAUAUUGUAUCAUAAACGGAUAUUUAGUAUUAUUACUGACGGUGUACGAUCAUCCCGUUUUUAGUCGAAAUUUUGAGAACUUAAUAAUUUAGGUAUCGAACAUGUGUGUUUCCAUCUUGACGACUACAUACUUGGUUGUGACACGCACCCUUGCUCGCAACUGGUCGCACUGUUUGAUCGUGCUAAUAUGGAGCGGGAUGGUGUUGUGUUUAUACCACGCGCUGAAGUAGUGUGGAUGCUUCCCCCUGGCCUGUGCGGCUGCAGCAGCGCGUGGAGUCUGUGUUUGUGAGGCAGGCGAGCAGUGAUGUACCGCGCGCGGCGGGCGCCGGCCGCCACGCGCCGCGCCGCCGCGCUGCCCUCUCUAAUAGAGAUGUACUUUUUGUAACAA